AUGAAACCUCUAACAGCAAGUCCACAUAUUAAGGAGCGUUUGUGGAACAUUCUCUCGCUCGUAGAGAAUGGAUUCAAAAAGGGAGAAUCCAUAUGUCUUGUUCUCAAGAAACAAAAGGAAUGUUUGAAACGAAAACGCGAGUCAUCUCUAAGAACUCCAAUGAUGACUACCAGCAUAACAGAAAUACAUUUCCCGUCUUUGGAUCCAGAUAUCAAUCUUAAAUUCGCUUGCUAUCUCAAGGUUCUAAGAUUAUUGUUUGACCAAAUAUCUUCUAUGCCAAGCUUUUUUGUCUCCAAGCGACAAAUCUAUUAUCGCGAUGUGACUCUGUUCAAAAAGCAGGCUGUGAUCAACCAGUGUAUUGAUGAUAUCGCCAGCUCCUUCGGAGUCUCUACGGAGACCUUGGGAGUAGUGGCAGCACAAAAGGGUUUAAUCUAUGCAAAUCUGCAAUAUUACUAUAGAGACCGAUUUGUCAAACUUGAGAAAAAAGAGGGCACCAUGCUCUUGCCGCUCAUCUCUCUGGAGUCUCAUCAUGAAGACUUCCGCUUUGUUUCACCUUGUCCAGAAGAGAUUAUCAUUGUGGAAAAGGAGUCGGUCUUUUCUAAAUUAUGCAAGGAGCACGACCAUGGAAAUAAAAUACUCAUCACUGCUAAAGGUUUUCCCGACAGGCUGACCAAACGGUUCUUGUACCAUUUAACACAGCAUUAUCCGGAGGCAAAGGUCGUAGCAUUGGUCGACAGCGAUGUCUACGGAUUGAUGAUAUUGAAGGAGUACAAAUACACUCCCGCGAUCAAAAUCACCGAGUGCCCGAUAUUGCCAGUCACAGUCAAGGACGAGUGUGCUAGAAAAACCACCUCAAGGCUGGACGAGCUAGGUCACAUGCAUUCGUGCUGGUACGUCUCUCCGUGUUCGAGAUUACAAUAUGGUGGAACGUUUCUUUUUGACAACGCUAAUCGUCUCGGGCAUCUAGAUAUCACUUACAGGGAUUACAACAAUAUGAAAUCUUUUUUGCGAACGCUUCUCGAGCUCGAAGAUGUAUCGUCCGAUGGCGAAAUGAAAAAAGUGGUGAGAGAGCUUCAAAUGGGGAUGUAUUUUCUUAAGAAAAGGGAAAUGGAUUAGAGAGGUUUUAGGUGUGUUUCGGACUUCAAUGGCGAGAAAAACGGUCGGUCACGAGCCGCGCCAGAUUUUAGGGUUUUUUUUGGAUAACUCCGCUCAAAUUUUAGCGUAUUUUACUCCUCUUUUCCAAAAAAGAAAUGAGAACAAUCACAGUUGGGUUCUGGUUUGCAUUGGGAGGGGUUGACAGUAUUAAAAAGGCAAAGUCACCAGAAUACGUUUGAGAAAUUCCAAUAUGCUGAGUGAAUCGAGCACUGGUGUCAGUUCCACGAGGACCCAGUCAACAACAUCGAUAGCCACCAUACAAACGGCCGCCACCACUCCAGAGUUCUUUCCGAGCUUGGUAGAGAGUGAAGUGGGAAAUCUGCUACACGCUAACCUCUUUUCGCUCGACCAAAGGGAAGUUGUGGAUGACGACGCUGAGUCUGCCACCACAGAGCUGGCGACGGACGUUGCUGAUCCGGAGCGCGAAAAAUGGGUCAUCUGUUUAGUUGGGCUUCCUGCCAGUGGGAAAUCAACAGUUGCUGAGCACCUUGAGACAUACGUUAAUAGAGUGAAGCGCGCAGAUUUACGUUUCAAGUGUUUCAACGCUGGUAAUGUGAGAAGAAGGUAUGAAAAGCAGUUAACGCACAAAUUUGAUUUCGAUUUCACUAAAAGCGCUACACAACGUCUACGCGAACUAUAUGCGUUUGAGGCACUAAACGAGCUUACCAGCAGCCUUAUACGUGAUGAGAUAGACAUUGGGAUGUUUGAUGCCACCAAUACAACGAAGGAAAGAAGAGAGAAAGUAGUACAGACUAUCAGACAAACGGCUUCUGAAGCGAACGUGGUGAUCAACAUUGCCAUUUUGGAAGUUUGCUGUACAAACAUUUCUUUGAGGAGAUACAACAUUGAGCGCAAAACCACUAAUAAAGACUACUAUGGCAUGCCGCGCGAGGAAGCCAUCACCGAUUUUCUCAAACGAGUUGAGAAGUAUGAAAAAAUUUACGAGAAGGUUACGUUAGAGGAGAUCGACCGAUUGGACGUCAACUAUUUCAUCAUGUCCAAUGUGGGCGAGUCGUUCAGCUACAACUGCGGGAGGAAAGUAAUUGGAAAGAACAACGUGGGGCGCUUCGAAAGUGUGCUUUUGCAGCAUAUUUAUGAUUUUUUGCUACACUACAGAUCUACUUUUGGGCAACAUUAUCUGUCAGAAGUUGAAAAGUUUUAUAGAGAUGGGUACAAGCCCGUCAAGCAAGUUUUUGCCACGAAUUAAUACACUGUAAAUGAUAUGUGAUACGUCGAAUUUAUUUAUUAGUCAUUCCAGGAAUAUUUGGUAAAGAAUUAAUUCCUUGCAGGCCCGGCAAUCCUGGCAAUCCUGGUAACCCAGACAAUCCUGGGAGUCCAGAAGGCGCAGACGGCUGGAAGUGUUUCUGCUCCGACUCUCUUCCGUUCUGUUCCAUCGCAAACGGCUGCUUUUCCGCCCAGGAUUCUCCGGUGUAGGCGUUGUCUUUGAAUGCAAGCGGAUCGUUUGGUCUGGAUCGACACCAGAAGCGCAUUGAUUUAUCCGCUCCGGCAGUACACAGUAAGUGUCCAAGAGGAUGAUAUUCAAGGUCAUGAAUGGCCUUGUCGUGAGCGUAUGGGAUUCUGUGGAGCGGAGAGGUGGUGGAAGCAGGUAGUUUUUCUCUGUUGAACACCAAGUCUUGAUUUAAUUCUUUUGCAAGGUCGUAGGUGGACAACGACCCGUCGUAACCACCAAUGGUGAGUGUUGACGAGUGAACAGGGUGCCAGGUAAUAGAGGUCAAGUCAACGUCGUCCGUAGAUUUUAUAACGUUGAUAGUUUUCAUCAGUCUGAUGUCAAAAAUUCUGGUGGAAUGAUCUCUGGAACACGCUGCUAACAGUCUUUGGUUUCCUUUCGGCUGGAAUCGCACCUUUGUCACCGUAUGUUUGAAGUCAUGGAUGGUAGAUAUGCAUUUCCCGUCUCUUGGAUCCCAAAAUUUCACUAAGUUAUCUUUGGAGCCACUAACGACCAAUCCCAAAGUUGGAUGCCAGUCACAAGCUUUGACGUCCCAAUGGUGUCCUUUCAAAGUGCGUUCUUCGGUAGCUGUACUGAAGUUCCAUAUCUUCAGCGUAAGGUCGUCGGAGCAACUCACAAACUUUGAGUCAUUUGGUGAGAAAACUAUGUCCUGAAUUGCAUUGUCGUGAGCCUUGGGGAGAAUGUUGACGUUAUUGAAGUUUGGCUGCCAAAACUUGAUGCAACCGAUCUGGUCCGCACUAAGCAGCCAGUCUCCAUUAUGACUAUAUUGCAGUGCAAAAAUGGGCGAGUCAUGGGCCUGCAUGAUAGACUCGAAGUUAAAAGUCAAGCCAUUCCAGAUGGUGAACUCUCCAGAGUGAGACGAAACCAGCACUCGGCGCGCAUCUGGCGUCCAUUUGAGCGCAUGUAUAGCGUGCUUGGAUUUGUUUGUCGAAACGUGGACAAAUUUGGUGGCCAGAUCCACCACUUCUGGCUGCUCUAAAUGCGGAGGCAACAGCUGGGACAGGUAUGACAUCUCUGGGCGGAUCUUCCCCAAUGGUUGGCGACCUCGGCGAUUGUACACAUUUUUCUGGACCAUGUAUCUACCCAAAGGAGUAAAGUAGUCCACUGUACGCCGGUGUUGG